GGCGGGAAUUCAAAAUGGCGACCACCAUGCGUUGGUAAAACGUCGAAAUGUGAUUUCUCUCUAUUUUCUGUGUGAUAUCUAGGGUACAUUCAUUGGUAUUUGAAGUAUAUUAUAAGAAAUGCAACAGGGAAUCAUAUUGUGAAGUUGUGCUGUUGAUAACUUUUCCGGAAUGAGCUCGCCAACUGUCUGGAAGCCGGCGCACAAGUUGAGGGAGGGCUGCCGGACUGAAGACGUUUUGAACACAGAGGGAGCAGACUUCGCCUCACUGCUUCUGUCCGAGCCGGUACAGCGUGGACUUACCCUGGCUGGCUUCGAACGGCCGUCUCCUAUUCAACUCAAGGCCAUUCCGCUAGGAAGAUGUGGUUUAGAUCUGAUUGUCCAGGCCAAGUCUGGGACAGGGAAGACCUGUGUGUUUGCAGUCAUUGCUCUGGAGAGUCUGGUCUUAGAAACCUUCAGUACUCAGGUGCUGGUUCUUGCUCCCACCAGAGAGAUAGCUGUACAGAUCCAUGAUGUGGUGGUGUCUAUAGGACAGGCCAUGUCAGGGCUGAAGUGCCAUGUGUUCAUUGGUGGACUACCUGUCCAUGAAGACAAGCAGAGACUCAGGAAAUGUCACGUUGCCAUUGGUUCACCAGGACGCAUCAAGCAGCUGAUAGAACUAGGUGUGCUGAAGACCACCAGUAUCAGGCUUUUUGUUUUAGAUGAGGCAGACAAACUCCUGGAGACUGGCAGCUUUCAGGAACAGAUUAACUGGAUUUACUCAUCACUACCUGACAACAAACAGAUGGUUGCCCUGUCAGCGACCUACCCAGAAUCCCUUGCCCACCACCUGCAGGUGUACAUGCGGGACCCCACCUUCGUCAGGCUGGACAUCCAGGACCUUUCCUUGAAAGGGAUCAAACAGUUUUACAGUGUAAUAUCUCAGCAGUCUUCAAUGUCCAAGGCCUUCCAAGCUAAGACAGACCAGCUGAUCAAGCUCCUGUCCAGGGUGCCUUUCCACCAGUGUCUCGUCUUCUCUAAUGACCAGGGAAGAGCACAGAGUCUGUGUAAGGACCUUAACUCCAAGGGAUGGCCAACAGCAUACAUUGCAGGAAGUCAAGAGCAGACUGAGAGACUGAAUGCGAUGUCCCAACUCAGGAACUUCCAGUGCAGAGUCUUGGUAUCUACAGAUCUGACUGCCCGAGGUAUUGAUGCGGAGAAGGUGAACUUGGUGGUGAACUUGGAUGUACCACAGGACUGGGAGACGUACAUGCACAGGAUAGGCAGGGCUGGCAGGUUUGGUACCCAAGGUGCAGCUGUGACACUGGUGUACAGUGGGAAAGAGGAGAGCAGGCUGGAGAUCAUCACCAAACACUGUCGUCUGUCCCUACAGACUCUUCCCAAUCCAAUCCCUUCAACUCUAAUCACCAGCAAAGAUAUGACAUGGGAGGUGAUGUCAUCAGGUGAUCAGGUUACUGUGACAACUCUUUCCACCAUGACGAAGGAUUGUGAAGGAAAAGAUGCUGUGGAAUCACCUACCAAUGUAAUAGAUCAUGGAAAUGACCCUGAUACAUCUAUAACAGGUAGGGCCAGUCCUGAAUUUUCCACUUCAACUAAAACAAAUGGAGCUGUAGACGUAAACACUCCAACAAGGGAUGAAGCAUGCUGUCAAUCACAGCAAGGAGUUCAGAGACAAGCAGAGCAGCAUAUGAAUGACCAAUCAGAGCAGUCCUUCACAAAGCAACCAGAAGAGCUUUUGAGCAAAAAAUCAGAGGAACUCUUGAACAACCACUCAGAGGAGCCUUUGAACAACCAAUCACAGCAGACAAGAAGUGGUCAGUUUCAUCAACAACCAAGAAACUUAUCCAACAGCAGUAGUGAGUGCAGCACCUCAAUAGCAUCAAGAUCAACUCAAUCACUGACACUAUCCGAUAGUUUUAGUCAAGGCAGUUACUCCCUCAAUGGGGAUGAGUCCAGUUUUGAUAACUCAGUACAUGAGGUUUUCUUAAACGAAAGUGAAAUAGAAAAGGAAACUAAAAUAAAGUUGGAGAGCAACAUUGAGAGAAAGGUGCCUCUGAGAGAAGUUAGGAUUCCAUCUCUAGCAUCAUUCAAAAGACCUCAGAAAGUAAGGCUAACAUUCCAACAGGCAGCAGAGGACUUGGAACAUUUUCUAACUCACGGUGAAGAAAAGUAUGGAGCCCACAAUAUUCAACAAUCCAUUAUAAAACAAACAAUGAAAGAGUCUGAGAGAACUAUGCAUACUGGGGAUGGUCCAAGUAGUGGGGUUCAUGAAACUGUUCUCAAACGUGAGAAGAGAAUUGGAAGUGGAAGGCUACGAUUGGUGGAUGAACUCUCCAACAUGAGCGACCAUAUAGAAGAGAUUUUGAACAGUUAUGGUGAGGUUACCAGUGCUAAGGCCCUAAAUGCUCAGCAAGAGGAAGAAUAUCUAAAACACUUAGAACCAAAGAAUCAAAACUCUGAAGUAGCAACAGAAAUAGAUAAGAGAACUGGUGAAAAGACCUGGUCGACUUGGACAAAACAAGGAGCAAGGCCAAAGGGAAGUAAGGUACCUAAAGAAAAUUCAUCAAAAUUCAGUGGAGUAAACAAUUGUGACGUUCAAAGGCUCAAAAGAACAGAAAGAGAGGGCAGUGAUUCCAGCACUGAUGGCUCAUGGGAACAACAGGAGGAAGAAACCAUUGACUUUGAGGGGGAAGAAGUUAGUAAUGGGGAGUGGGAGGAGAGUGAGGGAGAAGAAACUGAUGACGAAUGGGAGGAGGAUGAGAGUGAUGAAACAGAGACUGAUGAAGAAUACAGUGAUGAGGACUAUAGCAGCUACGAUGACCAACAAAGGUCUUUCCAUCCUGACAACCAAGAGAACUACAAUUACAGACCUGACAAAACUUACUCUCAGUACCCUGACCAUGCCCCGCCCCCAUACUAUGCAGAAUAUUCGCAGUAUGGUGAAAACAUGAAUACACAGGAGUUCAGUGAACAGUACAGCAGCGCCUCCUAUUGGAGUGUUCCGGAAAGGACAGCCAUAGGUGAAACCUGGUGCUGCUGUGGGAGGAGAGACUGUGUGAGGAACAGGUGGCUGUCCACCUGGGCACGGGCCUACUCCUCACAGUGCUUAUACAUGGCAGCCAUGCUGGGCAAUAGACACUUUAGGUAGCAUAUAAAUGAUAAUGAAAAUAUCAUCACAGAGCAGACAGCACAAAUUCUAAGACUGAACAGAUUCACAUUACCAUAAUUUUUUACUUAAUUGAUGGGACAGCAAAGUGUUGUAUGGAUAUAUUUGAUAGGGGCAGAUUUUUUAUACCAGCCUGAAUGAAAUACCAUGUGCUCUACUAUUGUUUUGUACAUUUAAUCUAUUGUAUGUGUGGUAAAUAUUAUGGAGUUUACUACAUGAUAGACUGUAUAAUACAAUAUAGUAUCAUAUAUAGUUAAGUGUCCUGACAGUGUGAAGAGAAAUACUUUAAUUGUAUUGAAAUUUUGUUUUCGGUUCUACUUUAAAAAGCUAUCUUUGCCAUUUUGUUUUGAAAAGUAAAAGGAACAGGUGACCUUAACUAAUAGAUAACCCAUAUCUCAGCUCCAUAUUUUGCUAAUAUAUAUUAGAGAAAGAUGUAAGCCAUAGCAAGCAAGCCAAGUUGAAGGAUGACAAAGUUUAUUACAUUUGUACUGUUAGAUGAUGGACACAAAACAUAGUUUUAAAAUAUGACAGUCUAGAUUUCAAUCACAAUAUAGCAUCAACGCUUGAUAGGAAAGAUAUUGUGGACUUUGCUCCAAUAUCUACAGAAUUAAGGACUGUAGAGUGCACAUUACAUUUCUUCUGAUUCACUGCAAAUCGAAGCAACCAUAUAACAUAUAAAUUAGAGCAUGAACAAUUGAAGCUGGCUUUUCACAGCAAGCUUUCUUACUCCAAAUGAUGCAUUUUUUUGCCAAAAGUAAACAAUAAUUUUAU